CUCUAUAUUAUUGACCAAAAACACGGGACCGUUACAGUACCCUACUCACAGAGAAAAUUCAAAGGUCAAUAUAUGCAGCAGCAUGUUCAAAUGUGAGCAUGCCACAAGGUCAAGGUUCCACCUCAUUUCUGCAUUUUGUCUGGAUGAGGUUCCACAUCCAAUUGAUUCGAGACGAAAUUAUGUAUCUGUGAAUUUCAUUCAGAUGAGAAAAAACUAACAAGAGCAAACCUUCUCCUUCAUUCUACUUGGAUUUUGGAGCACUGAGCAGGACAGAUUCAUGGUUGGGAUUCUGACGAAGCAAUGGAAACUAACUGGCGGGCUCUUUACGUUUCUCUCUUAUGCUGCUUUUUGUUCUGCUCCUUCAACCCAGCCUCUUGCUUGCUAAAUGAGACUGAUCGACUUGCUUUGAUAUCUUUCAGAGAAUUAAUUGUGCGAGACCCAUUUGGCGUAUUGAAUUCUUGGAAUAAUUCUGCACACUUCUGUGAUUGGUAUGGCGUUACAUGCAGUCGGAGGCAUCCUGACAGGAUCAUAGCCUUGAACCUAACAUCACAAGGCUUAGUAGGCUCACUCUCUCCUCAUAUAGGAAAUCUUUCCUUCCUCAGGUACGUUGAUUUCCGAAACAACAGCUUCCGUGGCCAAAUCCCACAUGAGAUUGGUCGCCUGCGCCGACUACAAUGUUUAACACUGAGCAACAACUCUUUUUGUGGGAAUAUACCCACAAAUUUGUCAUAUUGUUCGAAUCUUGUAAUUCUUAAUAUUAUCGACAACAAGCUUGUGGGAAGCAUACCUGCGGAGCUUGGCUCCUUACGAAAGCUUGAAGCUUUAGGCUUGGCCAAAAAUAACCUGACAGGAAGUAUACCUCCUUCCAUUGGGAAUCUUUCAUCUCUUUGGCAAUUGUCUCUCGCAAUAAAUGCCUUGGAAGGGAAAAUCCCAGAGCAAAUCUCUAGACUUAGGAACUUAAAUCUUUUGACAAUUACCCAAAUAAUCUAAUAGGUGAGAUCCCUAUUGGCCUC